UAAUGAGAAAACCAACAACAGGAAAAAAGAAAAAGAAAAGAAAGAUCAAAGAACUCGAACAAGCAAAAUGAAGAGUGCGAUUUGCGGGAGAAUUCUCUCUCCCAACCCUGUCUUCAAACCAGGGCUUCAACUGUACGUAUUGAAGAUUUGCAUUACAGGGGACACACCUUCAUUUUGUAAAGGACCAUACUCCAAUAUUUGCGUACCGGUGGCUGUAUUGGCAGCAGUACCUGGUAAAGGAGGAGGGUUGCUUGAAAAGCCAGUUAUUGAGAAAGUCACCCCCGGCCGUGAGUCUGAAUUUGAUUUGAAGAAAUCACGGAAAACAGCACCACCCUAUCGUGUAAUAUUGCACAACGACAACUUUAAUAAACGGGAAUAUGUUGUUCAAGUACUGAUGAAGGUCAUCCCCGGAAUGACCCUUGAUAAUGCAGUUAAUAUCAUGCAAGAAGCGCAUUACAAUGGAUUGUCAGUAGUGAUUAUCUGUGCACAAUCUGAUGCUGAAGAUCAUUGCAUGCAGCUAAGAGGCAAUGGGUUGCUCAGUUCCAUUGAACCUGCAGAUGGUGGCUGCUGAGUAACGGUCUCACUUUUCGUUGGAUUUUAUGCUAUUGAAAGGUGAGAUGAAACUAUUAGCAUGUGUACAUAAAUUCCCAUGUUGAAGACUUAUAGAAACCAUAAAAAAAAAACAUCUUUUGUAAAACUUGGCCUCAUGAUUAAGAUGACCGAAACUAUGAUUAAGACAUGUGAUAGUUGUGAUUUUGAAUAAAGGUUUGCACAACAUAUGAAACUAAUA